UAUUGCGGCGGCACAUAUGAAGGGAGCUGAUGAGCUCUAACAGACCGAUGCGGGCGUUUAUGAUGACAGCACUUAAGUGAACAUAUCUACACAUCAACUAGAUCAUAAAAGCUCUGAGAACAACUUAAUAAAAUUCAGCUUCUUUUUACAAACAACACCGAGGAUCAAAAUGACAGCGACAACUAGUACCAGGGAUAAAAUUAACGCGUCGCUCAGUGAUUUGAUGCGCUGUCUGCCGUCACACGGCUACUCUCUGGAUGAGAUCCCCACAUCAGUGCCGACUGGCUUCUCUCAUGUGGAUGUGGGGGUUUGUUCUGACCAGUUCAGUGACGCGUCGGGAGGUGGCUUGAGCACCGACAGCUUUGGCGUGGAAAAACGGGGCCUUGAACUACCAGACCUGAGCAAGUUUUCUCCACACAGUGCGCCUGUCGCCUACACAGGGAAAAUUUCCAUCGACGCGCAGGGAAGUUGGAAUCACGAGGGAAUAAUCAACUUUGUCAGCGCAGGGGUGCAAGACAGGCCACCUUCGCCGGGAUCAUUCUCCACAGGCUCCCCCUCAGAGCCAGACUGCUCCAAAAUAGGCCAGACUCUUGCCAACAUGGAGCAUAUGUACACAGGGCCGCCCCCGUACACCUGUAGUGCCGAUGGGUACCAGGACCCCUCGGCUUACCUGUCGACCACGACGUGUCCUAUAACAUACGCCACUCCGUCUUAUUCAACUCCAAAGUCAAGCAUAGACGGGACGCUUUUCUCUAUUAUUCCCGAUUAUGGUGGGUUCUAUCAGACCAGCAAUAGCCAAAGGGACAACAUGGCUGUUUUUCAGGACAUUAAACCAUUUUCGUGCUCACUGGAGUCUAUUAGAGUCCCUCCACCUUUGACUCCCUUGAACACCAUAAGACAUUUUACACUGGCUUGUCCCGUAGACGGGCCAAGGGCGGCUAUGGACUGCACCAGUCCGCAAAACGUCCCACUCAGGCCAAUCGUGCGGCCUCGGAAGUACCCGAACCGGCCGUGCAAGACGCCGGUCCAUGAGCGGCCGUAUCCCUGCCCGGCUGAGGGAUGCGACCGGAGGUUUUCGCGCUCGGAUGAGCUGACGCGCCACGUUCGCAUCCACACCGGCCACAAGCCGUUUCAGUGCCGCAUCUGUAUGCGCAGCUUCAGCCGGAGCGACCACCUCACGACUCACAUACGCACACACACGGGCGAGAAGCCCUUCUCCUGUGACUUCUGCGGCAGAAAGUUCGCCAGGAGCGACGAGCGAAGGAGGCACACAAAAAUCCACCAGAGACAGAAAGAUAAAAAGGGCUCCGCGCCUUCUCACAGCUCGAGUGCCGACGGUACAGCGAUGUGAA